AAUGCUUGGCCAGAUCCAGUGACCAAGUCAUUAACGAACGAAGGCCUCAACAUGGAGGUUCUCUGCAAAAUUUUUGUGCUAUUUGCACUGUUAUUCAGCGCAACGACAUCUGAAUCCAUUCAAUCGACCCUAUCAAAUGAGCUGUUCGAUGCCAUCGUUGGAGAUCUUCAAUUACCCCAAUUUGGUAUACUCAAUGAUUUGGAGCAGUGUUCGGCCAAUUUUCAGGUCAGAAAUGCGAAGAUAUUAAUGCAUGCGGGCAAGAAGCUGCGUCAGUGCGCCAAUUUGGAUCAAACCCAGUUGCAAAGCUAUUUGCAACAGCCGAGCUCCGAUGGAGUGAGGGCUGCCUUCCAGCAGCAGCUGGCCGGUUGCAGCACGCGUAAAUGCUAUACGGAUUCGGUCAUGAAUCUGUUUGUCGGUGUGCGUCCCAUGCUGAAGCAAUUCUGGACGACGGAACGCUGUGUCAUAUAUGAAAUCAGCAAAACUUUGCAUAAACUCGAAAGGUCACUCCGAUACCUUGAAUAUUGCAUUGGAAAUGCUUUUGCACCCUCUUGGAACUGGACUACUCCUACCCCGCCUACUUGGAACUGGACUACCCCUAACUGGAACUGGACUACUCCUACCCCGCCUAAUUGGAACUGGACUACUCCAACUCCACCCAGCUGGAACUGGACUACACCUAACUGGAACUGGACUACACCUAACUGGAACUGGACUACACCUAACUGGAACUGGACUACUCCUACCCCGCCUAAUUGGAACUGGACAACUCCUACCCCGCCUACUUGGAACUGGACUACUCCUACUACACCCAGCUGGAACUGGACUACACCCAGCUGGAACUGGACUACCCCUAACUGGAACUGGACUACUCCUACCCCGCCUAAUUGGAACUGGACUACUCCAACUCCACCCAGCUGGAACUGGACUACACCUAACUGGAACUGGACUACACCUAACUGGAACUGGACUACACCUAACUGGAACUGGACUACUCCUACCCCGCCUAAUUGGAACUGGACAACUCCUACCCCGCCUACUUGGAACUGGACUACUCCUACUACACCCAGCUGGAACUGGACUACCCCUAACUGGAACUGGACUACUCCUACCCCGCCCACUUGGAACUGGACUACUCCUACUACACCCACUUGGAACUGGACUACCCCUAACUGGAACUUGACUACUCCUACCCCGCCUAAUUGGAACUGGACAACUCCUACCCCGCCUACUUGGAACUGGACUACUCCUACUACACCCAGCUGGAACUGGACUACCCCUAACUGGAACUGGACUACUCCUACUCCUCCCAGCUGGAACUGGACUACUCCUACUCCUCCCAGCUGGAACUGGACUACCCCUAACUGGAACUGGACUACUCCUGCUACACCCAACUGGAACUGGACUACCCCUAACUGGAACUGGACUACUCCUACCCCGCCCAAUUGGAACUGGACUACUCCUACUCCACCCAGCUGGAACUGGACUACGCCUAACUGGAACUGGACUACGCCUAACUGGAACUGGACUACGCCUAACUGGAACUGGACUACGCCUAACUGGAACUGGACUACGCCUAACUGGAACUGGACUACGCCUAACUGGAACUGGACUACUCCUACUCCACCCAGCUGGAACUGGACUACUCCCGGAACACCUAGCUGGAACUUGACCACUCCUGGCUUGAAUGCGUCUACCCCUAGCUGGAACCUGACGACUACAGAGACACCCGCUACAACCACUCUAAGCUGGUGGGACAAACUGAUGAAUGACCUCGGGCUCUAAAAUGUGGCGGUAGUGGGCAUUGCUAGGCUCGAUUGAGGGCAGCACCUCUAAAUUAUAUAUUAAGCAAACUAAAUAAUAAAUUGAUCAGAAUUCAAA